AUGGCUGAAUCAGUGGAUAAGUUUCAAUUUCGCGGAAUAAAUAAAAAAGACAAAAUUUUAGAAUGUGUUGAAUUGCUAAAAAUUUUGAGGUUAGAAGGUUUUAUUGAUAAAUGUUCAAUAUAUUCAGCUGUUAAUCUGUUGAGGAUACCAAAUAUUACUAACUGGCUGAAUUUUAGUUUUCAAAAGAUCAAAAAUGAAAUCGAAGCCAUGUUUAGUGUACAACAGACGGCCAUAAUAGAAGCUUUAGAUACGAAACAUACCGGCUUGCUGGACAACAUACGCUCUAUUGUCUCCAAUCAUACGACAACGUUGCAGGACAUAGAAAAGGCUUUUACAACAAGCACUAUACCAUUGAAUAAAUCUGAAAUGUCUACAGCUUUAAGUGACGUAUUGAAAACAAAUUUAUCUACCAAUGCCACAAAUAAAACUUCAACUACAAAUUCAUGGGCAGAUAAAAGUAAACAUUUGGCUUUUAAUUUUAAUAAAAAUAAUAAUAAUAUUAAAAAAUCCAUGAAUGAAUCCAACGAUGAAUUAGACGUCGAUGGCUUUCAACUUGUUCAGAAAGUCAAGAAAAAAAGAAAGUCAGAUGAUUCUCCUCCAGUUCUUCAAACAAUAAACAACAAAAUAGAAUCUAAAAAAUCUAACAAAGUAUUUGGCACUGGUACGAACUGUCUCUUGAAAGCAUCUAAAGUUAUAGAGAAAAAAAUUGUUUAUUAUGUAGGUAAAAACUCGUGCAAAAAAGAUGUCAUUGAAAACCAUCUAAAAACAAAUAACAUAAUCUUCAACCAAUGUUUCCCAGUCUUGCGAAAAAGAAACCUAUUAAACAAUCCUCCAGAUAAUCAUCCAGACAACCCCGCGGUAGAUCAAAACCCAUUAGUCGAGUCUACGGCAUUUAAAAUAAUUUUGCCAAUCAGCCAGUUAUCCAAAUUCACCAAUCCUGAUAUAUGGCCACAAUACACAUUUUUGCGCGAAUGGGAUUUUUCACUGACGACUCACAGAAGAACAGCAGAAGAUAAAGUUGUCCAAUCCAAAAUCGAGAAUCAUGGUGGCGCCAAAUAA